ACAUCAAUUUAGCCGCUGGCUGGUACCUUUCCAUUAUUUGCAUGCCCGUGAUGCUAGUGUUAGGUGCGGAGCCCGGUCACCGUGAUUUCUUUCGUUGAUUGAAUCAUAGUUGAGCUCGCGCAUACACGGUUUGCGCUAUUACGUCCGGGGCCCGAAUUUGCGCUGAAAUUCGUAUUCCGCUCGUGACUCCAUCGAAAAGGUAAAUUGAUGAGUCCGCCCGCCAAUGCAAGUUAUGGGAGAGCAAAAUUUCGGUUGUUUUUCUUUGAUUCGAUGAACUUUCACUUCACAUUCAGUGAAGUCUAGUCAACCGGAACGGAACGGUCUACGGAAGCGAAACGUCGAAGUUACGGCGGAAAGGUCAUAAGUGCAAGUAUUAAUGAUACUAAAUCGCUGAUAUAGUGGCUUCUCCCAGGGUUCGCAUUUGUUCCCUGAAGUGUCUGAUUCGGUGAUGUGCAGAGUUUGCAUAGCGUGAUAUCUUUCAGGUUGCAUUCCUAUAAAGUUCUUGUGUAAAGGGCGGGUAGUGCAAGGUAAAGUUCUCUCUGGAUUACGAAGCAGCCAUGGUGCAGUGGUCUCUCGUCACAGCCGGAAUCGGGGUGUUCGCGGCUACAUGUGGAGCCAUUCUUGGAUGGGGUGUCUUCCCGUGGAUGGUGCAUAAGAAGGUGGCAGAGAGCGUUAUCAUCAAACAAGGGACACCACAAUAUGAAAGAUUCCUAGCUCUCCCGCAACCGCUAUUAUUUAAGGUCUACAUAUUUAAUAUUACAAACCCACAGAAAGUACAAGAAGGUGAACUGCCAAUAGUAAAAGAGGUUGGACCCUAUGUAUAUAAGCAAUUUAGAAAAAAAAACGUUAAAGAAUUUUCUGACGAUGGAACGUCGGUAACAUACACACAGCAACAGUUUUACGAGUUCGACGGGAAAGCAUCACAACCCCUUGUUGAAAGCGACCGUAUUGUUGCCCUAAAUAUGCAAAUGAAUGCAUUUUUACAAGUCUUUGAACGAGAGUUAACAGAUAUCUUUAGAAACUUUUUAACGAAAUUCAAUAGAACACUUGAUCGCACACCUAUUGUCCGAAUACUUAAGCGACUUCUGGAUAGGAUACGUGGGAAACGUAAAUCUGUCCUGCAGAUUGCCGAAAAUGAUCCUGGCUUGAAUCUGUUGAUGGCUCAAAUUAAUGCUAAUUUGAAUGGCGUAUUCAAUAGUCCGACCUCAAUGUUCGUCUCAACCACUGUGCGUGAAUAUCUUUUCGAAGGUGUGCGAUUCUGUAUCAAUCCAACAGGACUAGCCCGUGCCAUAUGCAAACAGAUCAGGGAUAAAGGGACCAAAACGAUCAGGGCGUUAGACGACGGAAGUUUGGCGUUCUCAUUUUUCAAUCACAAAAACCGAACUACCGAUGGUGUCUACGAAGUGCACACAGGUCUCAGAGAUCCGGAAAAGGUACUGGAAAUCGAAAAAUAUGAUGAAUUGGAUUCUCUUCAUGUUUGGCUCAACUCGUCCACCGGUUACCCGUCCGUCUGCAAUAUGAUAAACGGCACUGACGCGUCCGCGUAUCCCCCAUUCCGUCGACCUGGUGAUUCAAUGUAUAUUUUUAGUGCUGAUAUUUGUCGGUCGGUCGAAUUGUAUUACCAACGAGAAACUAAAUACAAAGGAAUCCCGGGAUUUCGUUAUGUCACUCGUGGCUUUUUAAAUGAAAUCGGUCCAGAAUAUGCAAACGAGUGCUUUUGUGUAGACCGGUUAGUGAACGUUACCAAAAAGAAGAAUGGUUGUUUGUACUCGGGAGCAUUGGAUUUAAGCGAAUGUAUAGAUGCCCCAGUCAUACUGACGCUACCUCAUAUGUUGGGAGCCGCGCAAGAGUAUAGGAAACUGGUUAAAGGAUUGGAGCCGAAUCUAAAAAAACAUGAAACAUUCAUCGAGGUGCAACAUCUCACCGGGACACCUCUGCAAGGCGGCAAGCGAGUGCAGUUCAAUAUGUUUCUGAAGCCAAUCAACCAAAUUACACUCACUGAAAACCUGACGACAUCGUUGGUUCCCACUAUUUGGGUGGAAGAGGGCAUCGCUCUCAACCAGGAAAUGGUCAACGUCCUGAAGAAGAGCCUCAUCAACACGUUGGCUGUUCUGGACAUUGUCCACUACACUCUAUUCAUCGCAGGGAUAAUUGUGGCCGUAGUGUCGGUAGUCAUAUUUAUAUCACAAAGACAGAAACGCGUUGCUGUGAAAUGAGUUCCCAGCGAUCUGGGAAUCGAACUUCAGUGAAUAGUUCUUUGUUGUUAAUAUUUUGUUAUUAUCAUUUCUCUUUUAUUUUAUUGAAUAUCUUAAAAUAGUGAAGACAAAUCUGUGAAUACACAAUUAACUUGUGAUUUUGAUUAGAAUAGAAAAGUGUGAAUAUGAUCAAAUAAGCGCCAGUGGAAGCAGACGGGUUGGAGUUUCUGUAUACAUAUAUAGAGGCGAAUCCAGGGGAAUAGGCGUGAGUCAAUGCAAUCGUUACCUCUCCUCUACUUUUGAUGUCACCACCAUUUAUCCAAUCGUGUCUAUUAAAAGAUUUCGGUUACUUUACUUCGUAGGACACUACACAACGUUUGAUUGGUGUAAAAUAAAAACAUGAU